AUUUUGAAGAAUAUUUUGUUGGACGAUCUCAAAAGAGCAUCUCUACAAGAACGGCUACCAAGACACGAUGCCGCCAGCAGCACGAACAUUCCCGAUAGGGAAAAAACAGGUUUUCUUACCGAAAUUCUCUAUCGCCUUAUUACGAAGAGGUGCUCAACGGCCAAAUUUCGCUACUUUCAAAGUCCCCUUACGCUUCAACAAGUUCGAUCUGCGCGACUACUUAUUACAUGUCUACAAUGUCGCUGCGUUGAAUGUGCGAUCACAUCUAAAGCCGAGGCAGGCCGUGAAAAAGAGGAACGGCCAUGUCGUCAGGCCUUUACCGGCGAAGAUAAUGACGAUAGAGAUGGAAAAGCCGUUCGUGUGGCCCGAGAGGCCCGCGGACCCUACCCCGUGGUAUCCAGACGUAGAACGACAUCGAACGAAGGCGAUGAAUAACAAGUUUAAUCCGCAGAAGGAGCUUAGGAAGAAGGGCACGCUCUCGCUUAGAGACGAGAGGAAGCCAAGUAAGGUCAAGAUAGAGCUCAGAAAGGCCGCGGAAAAGCUAUUGAAGGCCGGGUCAUGGAGCAACGAGGAGAAAUUGGAUCCCAAAUUCUCGGACCCGAAAUUUAACGUGGGGAAGAAGGAUGGCUAGGAUGGCUACUCGGAAAAUAAAAGAAAAAAAAGAACUCGUUCGCCGUUUAGAAUCUAUGAGGCUCGUGGAUAAUGGCUGUAU